AUGUCGAUCAUCACAAACGAGGCAGCACGGGAGAUUGCCAGCGGGACGUUCCAAUAUCCGCUGCUUACGGUGACCAACUAUACCAGUUGGGUGAUUAGGGUCCAGGCCAUGAUGGAAGAUCAAGGCGUCUGGGAGGCAGUCGAGCCGAUGGCCGGUGUGGCUGUUGACACGAGGAAGGACAAGAAGGCGAGGUCGCAUCUUCUCCAAGCCCUCCCAGAUGAUCUCCUAAUGCAAGUGGCGAAGAAGGCGACGGCGAAGGAGGUUUGGGAUUGCCUCAAGACGAGAUUUGUCGGGGCAGAUCGCGUGAGGAAUGCACGCCUGCAGACGUUGAAGAGUGACUUUGACGCCAUGAGGAUGCAAGAAGGAGAGUCGUUGGAUCAAUAUGCGGGCAGGCUCACCGGAAUGUCCGUCAGGUAUGCCAACUUAGAGGGCACCCUAAGCGAUGCCGCCUUAGUCAAGAAGCUAUUUGACACCGUUCCAAAUAGGUUUCUUAGCGUAAUCGCGGGCAUAGAGCAAUUUUGCGACCUCGACACAAUGUUGUUUGAAGAGGUUAUGGGACGACUCAAGACGUACGAAGAACGCUCUCGUCCCCGAGCAUUCGGUACCGGUGGCAACGGCGAUGCACAACUGCUUCUCACUCAAGCUGAGUGGGAGGCACGGCAGAAGAGAAGCGGCAGCGACCCGUCGUUGACCCGAAGGGAGACGAGUCACAGGGAAGGAGGAGUUCGCAGCCGGGGUGGUCGCGGGCGCGGUAGAGGGCGCGGGAGAGGCGGACGAGGCGACUUCCCACUGAAAGACAGAGUAGGUGGCUCUGGAGGCGAUGGUCGUGACAAGAGUCACAUCCGUUGCUUCAAUUGCAACGAAUUGGGGAAUUAUGCGAACCGGUGCAAGGCUCCCAAAAAGAAGGAAGAGGCGCAUCUCACACAAACUGACGACACCGAACCAACUCUGUUGCUUGCAGAGUUAGAAGAAGCAGUGCCCGCGGCACCUGAGAGACAAGAAUGGCAGAAACGACAGGAAGCCGUCCUGCUGAAUGAAGAGCAAGUAUGGCCCGAACUGCACGGGACCGAGCACGGUAAAGAAACUACCGACACCUGA